ACCAAUAUAUACUCCUGGGUUCUAUCACUCUCCCAUAGUCCUAUGCCUUUGUUGUACUCGCAAUCUGUUUCCAUGGUGAGAAAGCUAGGAGCAAAUUCAUGGCUGACAGCUCUGAAGAGGAUGUUCAGGUAUCCAAGCAAAGACAGCAACUCCGGUAGAAAGAACCGACAGUGCAAGCGGGACGAGGAAGAAGAAAAGCAGAAAAGAGAGAAGGGAAGAAGAUGGCUGUUCAGCAAGGCCGCCGCCGAUGAAAAUAGUGUUGAAACCGCCGGAGUGGAGAUCAUCAGCCGUACGCCGCCGCCUUCUAGAAGGUUGCUCUGCGCGGCGACGGUUAUUCAAACGGCUUUCAGAUGCUAUCUGGCGAAGAGAGCUCUGGUGGCUCUGAAGGGGAUUGUGAAGCUUCAAGCUUUGAUAAGGGGACAGAACGUUCGACGACAAGCUCGGAUAACGUUAAAAUGCAUGCAGGCUCUGUUCCGAGUGCAGGAAAGGAUGAGGGAACAGUGUGCUCGGAUUUCGCAGGAUUCUACCCGGAAAUCCAUGUUUUCUGACUCCUGGGAAUCUAAGUAUAUCCGAGAAAGAAAGUCAAUUUUCAGAGAUCAUUGUUCAGUUAGUGAUGCUUGGAGGGAAUGCCCGCCAACGCUUCAAGAACUUGAAGUAAUGUUACAAGCCCAAAAGGCUGCUUUUAUGCGAGAAAGAUGCCCCUCUCAGAGUUGUGUACUAAUGUUUCCAGAAUGUUUCAAGGCAUGGAGUUCAGACACGGAUGUUGUUGACGGAGAAGAAAGAGAAAAAACGCCAUUAAAACAGGGGAAAAGCAGAGCUUCGGCGCUUCCGAGAAGAAAUCCUGUAAAGUCCGGCGAAAUCAACGUCAGAAUUAGAUCACUACAGAACAAGUCAGCUUCUUCCGUUCAAGCGCCGGCGACCCCUUCUCCGGCGAAACCCAAGCCAGUGCAACUGCGGCCAACAACGAGCCCAGGAAACCUCGAGAAGAGCCAAUCAACGGCGAACACUCCCCGCCUUUGUCCCACAAACCGAUCAGCCAGUUUCGCCCCGCGGUACAGCGUAUCUGGAAUAUCGCCGGGAUAUAUGGCGGCCACGGAGUCGGCAAAAGCGCGUCUCCGAUCACAGAGCGCGCCCCGGCAGAGGCCCGCCACGCCGGCGAAGAGAUGUUUAUCUUACUCCGUCUCCAAGAACGGUGAAGAAGAAGGGAUGGAGAAACGGUUGGAUUACUGGUGCAAUGCAGAGAGCGUUGGUGGGGAGAUUUCGCCAUGUUCAACCGGCAAUUCAAGAUGGUGGUCGAGAAGAUGAUUUUGUCAGAAAGGGAAGGUGAGGACUGACGAGGAUAGUAACGUAAUGAUGGUAGUGAUAUGGUUUAGCCUUUGUUUAGGCAAGUGAGAAGUUUUAAACACUUGACUUGGGAUUUGCAGUUUGCACCAGUUUAAACUCUACUCCCUUAAAUAAAGCUUCAAAUCAAUCAUAUAUCACUAUAAUUAUCUGAAAA